CCUCGGCUCCUGGGAGGAAUGGAUGUGAACUUAGUCACUGUUCUUGCUCUUCUAACAGUCGCAGUUAGUCAGACGUCUGAGACUUUGUUUCCUGGGGCCUUUAACUGUUGCACGAAAAUUUCAGAUGAAAUUCCCAAAGGAAUUCUCCCAAGAGUGGAGAGGUUUGAAAUCCAGAAAGCUGAUGGCCUGUGUCACCUAGAAGCUGUUAUUCUCUACAUAGGAGACAGAAAGUUCUGUGUGAGCCCGCAGAUUAGAAGAGUUAAAAAAUGGAUGAAGAAGAAGCACAAAAUUGCUGGGAAAAAAGCUCACGGUAGAAAACAGAGAAGAAGCAAAAGUAAUAAAAAAGAGAGAAGCAGCAGUAACAUGAUGAAGCAAGUCCCAUGAUGAAGAUACCUGUGGCGUACAGCACUCUGAACAGACACCAAACUACAUCAAUGAAGGAUGACUAUAGCAUUAAAAUAACCUUCCAAAUAUCUAUGUUCUAGAGACAAGAGUGGCAAAAAUCAUCACCUGUAUACAACGAUGAUGCUGGGCCAAUUACCAACAAAAUGACUCGAUGUUCCUGACAAUGUCUUGUAGCAUGUGCUCUGCUGUACCUCCUUGAUUUAUGGGUAUACUUAAAUCCCCCUGUUUCUCACACUGCCUUCACAGCUACCUCCCUGUGAUUUCUAUUUAACAUGCCAACAAUCCUUCUCAUUGUUCUAUUUAUCCCACUCCUAAUCUUUGCUCCGUUUCUUCCCCCUUUGCAAUCAUUUUUGUGCAAUACCAUUGUGCUGUUGCCUUCUUUUUUUCUACUCUUCUAGUCACAAAUCUGGACUUUUUUCUAUUAUUUUUUUCCUAUGUGAUUUUACAGAUACAUUUCUAGAUCCUAGUUUAGUUAGUGUUGGCCAAAACCAUGGAUUUUUUGCCUACUCCAAACACUCUCUGCUCUCAGCCAUUAUUAUCGCUGGAAAUACCAGAAUACCAUUGAACCAAGCCUGGUCAUAGGACUCAGCAUGUGGCAUCCAAAGCUAUGCAGAAAAGAUAAUCUCGAUUGAUGUUGUGCAUUUAAUUCCCCCUUCUUCAUGGCAUUUGAUGAAUUAGCUCCUCAGAGUUAUCUCCUGUAUUUGUUUUGUAAUUCUUAUGUCUAACUAUACUGCAGACGUGGGAGGAUGCAAGGCAGAUGACAGUAGAUAGAAGCAGCUGCUUCUGAGUUCCCUAAAGAAGAAGAGGAACAUCUGUAGCAAGGCCACUAGAGAACAGGUAGCACACUCCCACAGACACAUAGCUGAUGAAACUCCUUCCAAAGCAGAUAAGAGAAAACAAGAAACAUAAUUAUCAUCUCUGAUAAGCCAACGGUGCCCUAACAGGGAUGAGGCAAUGCUUCCUGCAGUUUCUAGGGAAUACUGUGUACGCUGCUUACACUGGCACAGUUCCAUCCUCUGCCUGCCAUGAUGACAUGUAGGAAGCAGGCUGCCAGGAGCAGGAGUUGCAGUUUUUUUUCUGGCUGGGCAUGCACAGGAGCUCUUCCUGUCGACUGCCUUGUACAGCAGUGCGUUGGUGUCUUGUGUAUUAAACGGAAUCCAAACCUCAUGGGCCCAGGCUAGCAGAGCACCAAGAACACUGAAAUAUAUUACACUGUGCUAUCGAUUCCCAGCAGCUCUGUUCCCUUUAUUCCUUGUGCUCUGCUAUUGAUUCCAGAUUUUAUCUUCAUGCUUCCCUCUUGAGUCCCCAUCCAGGUGGGUCUGUGAUGGCAUCGUAGCUCCUCAUAGCUUUCUCACCGAUGCAACCAGUGGCUUUUGAGCCUAUGGAGUGUACCCUAAAUAUUGAGACUGGUAUAAUACUGACUGUACCCUAAUUUCCAUGUUUGUUUUAUCGGGGAUAUUCAACAUAUUCAGAAAAGCAGCAAAGUGGAGUCUAAAUGUAUUUUUGUAGUUUUUAAUAACUGGAAUUACUACAAUGUCACAAGUGUUGUAAGACCCAGCCGGAUCUGCAGCUCGAAUGCUAUUAAAAUAUUUGCCUUUACUGGACCUACUUUG